UACUAUCGCUUUGUGUCAUUGGUUCGGAGGUGGAGCGUUCGCUUAUGAUAGCUGACUGCGCUAUUUUGUUAUGCCAACAUCAAUGUAUUUGUUGAAUACACCGCACAGUUAAUCCAAGUGUGCAUUUCGUCACACAUCCAUCUUCGAAACUGUUGAAGAAAUAAAACUGGACGGAUAAUAGAAGUGUGAGAUGAAAUGACAACGUCAACAUUGCAGAAAGCGAUUGAUCUUGUGACCAAAGCCACAGAAGAAGACAAGGCUAAGAAUUAUGAGGAGGCAUUGCGUCUUUACCAACAUGCUGUGGAAUAUUUUCUUCAUGCCAUUAAAUAUGAGGCCCACAGUGACAAGGCGAAGGAAAGCAUUCGAGCCAAGUGUAUGCAGUAUUUGGACAGAGCAGAGAAACUUAAGGAUUACCUGAAGAAUAAAGACCGACAAGGCAAGCGGCCUGUGAAGGAGUCACAGGAUAAUGACAAGAGUGACAGUGACAGUGAAGGGGAAAACCCGGAGAGAAAGAAGCUUCAGGAGCAACUUAUGGGUGCGAUAGUUAUGGAGAAACCCAAUGUGAGGUGGAAUGAUGUGGCUGGACUGGAGGGAGCCAAGGAAGCUCUCAAAGAGGCUGUCAUUCUUCCCAUCAAAUUCCCUCACCUCUUUACAGGUAAGCGGACGCCAUGGAGGGGCAUCCUGCUGUUUGGGCCACCAGGAACAGGGAAGUCAUACCUGGCCAAGGCUGUGGCCACUGAGGCCAACAAUUCCACCUUCUUCUCCGUCUCCUCCUCAGACCUCAUGUCUAAGUGGCUAGGAGAGAGUGAAAAACUUGUCAAGAAUCUGUUUGAUUUGGCCCGCCAGCACAAACCCUCCAUCAUUUUCAUCGAUGAGGUGGACUCCCUGUGUGGCUCCAGGAAUGAGAACGAGAGUGAAGCUGCCCGCCGCAUUAAGACAGAGUUCUUGGUCCAAAUGCAGGGUGUGGGAAACAAUAACGAUGGCAUUUUGGUGCUGGGAGCCACCAACAUUCCCUGGGUGCUUGAUGCUGCUAUCCGCCGAAGAUUUGAAAAGCGCAUCUACAUCGCUCUGCCGGAGGAGCCGGCCCGGGCUCAGAUGUUUCGUCUCCACCUGGGCAACACGCCUCACAGCCUGAGCGAGGGUGACUUGCGGCAGCUUGCUCACAAAACAGACGGCUACUCUGGUGCUGACAUCAGCAUCAUCGUACGGGAUGCCCUCAUGCAGCCUGUUCGGAAAGUCCAGUCUGCAACACACUUUAAAAAGAUUAGCGGCCCGUCCCGCAGCAACAAUCAGGUCAUGGUGGAUGACCUCUUGACGCCUUGUUCACCUGGUGACCCUGCUGCCCUAGAGAUGACCUGGAUGGAUGUGCCGAGCGAUAAGUUGCUAGAGCCAAUAGUCUGCAUGUCGGACAUGCUGCGGUCCCUUUCCACCACUCGCCCAACAGUCAACACUGAAGAUCUGCUCAAGGUCAAGAAGUUCACAGAGGACUUUGGGAUGGAGGGCUGAGUGAAAGAUUCCCCCCAUCUUAAAUGAGUGAAACUGCUCCUAGCAAACAUACCAGUCUAUCAAACAAAUACCAUUCUCAUCAUUGUACCCGCCCCAACGCCCCCAUCCCUGCCCCCCUCCUAGCCUUAUAUCACCAUACUACACUUGGUUCAUUGCCUCUAUUGGAUUCCAAGACUUGCAACGGUUUUCACCCAGAAGAAUCAUCCACUCGACCCGUUUCGAAUUCUGGAGAUUGCUGACCAAAUACCGCAAAGAGAAAACUCGGCACGACUCCCUAUUUUAGAUGAUGCAUCAUUAAAAGGCUGCCGCUACAGCACAACCCAGGUGACAAGGGGUAACUGAAGGAUUGGACAUUUUGUUGUGCUGUGGUUCACAUUGCUUUUGGAUUGAAGGAGAUUGACAACGUGUUUUAUUUAAUGUCUCUGUCUUAAUGCACCCACCUUGUUGUUAUUUAGAGUUACUUGUUUUGAGUGUCAUUUUGUAGAUUAUUGCUGCCUCUAAUGCAGCAAUGUGUAUCAGGCAUUUUACCCUUAACGGGGGACUUUUGAAUAUUAAUUGGUACUAAACAUCAAUCUGUCUCUUAGUUGAAAUUACACAUGGGCAAAUGCCUAAAAGCUGUUAUUGACCAUUUAAACAUUCAGAAACACUGUAUGGUUCAUGACACAGGCUCUUGGCAUGCCAGGGUGUAAAUUGGUUGCAAUUUUUAUUCUCGUAGUCAACACAGGCGAUGCCCAUUUGUCGAUGAUUUAGCACCCACAAGUUUCUUUCCUCAAAAUAUUUUACUCAAGUCAAAGGAGAUUGUUCAAGCAUAUCUUUCUAGCAGUUUCUGCUCAUGAUUCAAAUUAAGACACUGCAUCUGUAUCUUACAGUCUAUCUGUAAGUGAUGGACUUGGUAUGCUGUGAGUGCGUCAUUGUAUUCAUGUGAAAGUGCAACUCACCGAAGGGCCCCGUGAACAUUACUACUAAUUCAAGGUGCAUAAAUAAAGACCUUUUCAGUGGAAUGGA